AUGCACGUAUAUAGCUUUAGGGGUGUCAGGCAUCUGUGUAAGUUCAAGUUCUGCAUCCCUCGACCAUUCUCUGAUUAUUCUCCUCAGACCACUCCUGUCAAAAAGACAAGACAAGAAGAUGAGGAAAACCAGCCACAAGUCACCUCUUCUCCCCUGAGCCCCGAACAGCUGGACCGCAUUCAGAAGAAUAAAGCGGCUGCGCUACAGAAACUCGCAGCCCGCUAUGUGCCCGAAGGAUUCGGGGAAAGCUGGAAGCAGGAGCUGCUUUCUGAGUUUGCCAAGCCUUACUUUGUGAAGUUGACAAAUUACGUCUCAGAAGAACGGAAGCGAUGCACUGUAUAUCCCCCUCCUCACCAGGUCUUUACCUGGACUCAGAUGUGUGACAUUAGAGAUGUGAAGGUUGUCAUUUUGGGGCAGGAUCCUUACCAUGGACCCAAGCAGGCUCAUGGAUUGUGCUUUAGUGUUCAGAAGCCUGUACCACCUCCACCCAGCCUGGAAAACAUGUACAAGGAGCUUCAAGUGGAUAUUGAUGGUUUUGAGCACCCUGGACAUGGUGAUCUAUCUGGGUGGGCCAAACAAGGAGUUCUCCUUUUAAAUGCUGUGCUGACUGUGAAAGCCCACAAUGCUAAUUCACAUAAAGACAGAGGCUGGGAGCAGUUUACAGACUCUGUUGUGUCUUGGCUGAACAAGAACCUUGAAGGCUUGGUCUUCAUGCUUUUAUUGGGGAGCCUACGCCCAGAAGAAAGGAAUCGGUAUUGACAGAAAGCGCCAUCUUGUGCUGCAAACAGUCCAUCCUUCUCCUCUGUCAGCUCACCGUGGAUAUUUUGGUUGUCAACACUUCUCUAAAACAAACACUUACCUGCAGAGUGUGAGUAAAAAACCAAUUGACUGGAAGGAUUUGUGA